CUAGAGAGAGAGAGAGAGAGAGAGACGAAGGGAUCUAUCUUAUCUCAAAUCACUCUCUUUCUCGUAUCUGUUGAUCAGGAAAAAAGUGGCCCAGUGGAUCGCAGAUUUUCCUUUUCUAUUUUUAUACACAUCAUCGUUUCCAUGGUUACUUAAUUUAAUCCAACUCACCACACACCUCAAUUCUCUGCUUUAUUUAAUCGCUUAGAAAUUGUGCUCGGUGGAGCUUUAUUUGAAGAGGGUUCCUGCGUUUUAGCGGAGAAAAUCAAGGGCAUGAGGAAUGACAACCAAAGUACAAUCUAAGACAUAUGUUCCAGGUUCAAUGAUGGAUCUAAACAACGGUUUUCCCAGCGGUACUAGGGAGGUCCUGUGGGAGGACCUAUAUCCCGACGACAGAACCUCUGACUCAAGAAAGAGCAAUUGUUAUGACCCCUUUUUAGUGAGGCAAACCAUGCACCAAUACCUGAGAUUUCUACAAGAUCGAAUGAGGGAAACUAUGUUGAAGCAAGAGUCGAUCUUUAGGCAUCAGCUUGAAGAACUUCAUCGCGUGUAUAAAAGACAGAGAGACUUGAUGAACGAACUCACAAUGAAAGAGGAUUACAAAUUUUCAAUGCCAGCAGAAGCAUCAAAGUCAAGUCAUUUUCUAAGUCAAGUUCCUUCACGAAUAACCAAAGACGUGUAUAAUUCGUCCCAGGUGGACUCAACUUUUGGUCGGGUAUCAAUAUCAGAGAGUAAUAGUAUAUUUUCUUCUCACAAUCCUCUGAAGGGGAAAUGUAUAUUGAAGGAAAAUGUUUCCAAUUUGAGCACAGAGAGAGCCUAUAAUUUGGCUGAUCUUAAUGAACCAAUCCAGGCGGAGGAACCAUCUUUUGCAGCAUCCCUUAUUAACAAAAACAGUGUUAUAGAGAACCUACAAAAGCAAGAUUCAUCUGCAAAUUCAAAUUCAGGGUUUUUGUAUUCAUCAAAGAUUUCUCAACAAAACCUCAAAGAAAGGGAUGGGCAAAUUGCCGGUGGAGACCAUAUAGUGGGGGAGAGGCACAAAAAGGAGCAGCUAAGUUACAGCUUUGUAGAUGGGAAAUGCUACGACAAUGGUUGUGGUAAUGGUAAUUUUUCACAACAGAAUAAUGUGUUCCAAGCUGAGCCAAAGAAAUCCCGUGAGCAUUUCUUGUUUCCCGUAUCUGAUCAAAAUAAGGUGGAGCCUAGGAGAAAAAGCACGAUAUUUGGUGUUGAACUCUGCGAAAGAAGCCACACGCCAUCUUUUGAUUCUUCACAAUCUUCUUCAUGGGAUCAGAACACUUCAAUAAUUCAACGUAACCAUUGGCUUGGCUCCUAUGAUGCAUCGAGGCAAAUUCCAGAGGAUUUUGCAGGCAAUAAGCAAGUUAAUAAUAGCAGUUCAAGAUUUAUGACACAUUCAAGAGCUGGAGUUCCCUAUCAAAAUGGUAUAAACUCCAAGGUUUCAGUGUCUGAUAUUCUUGAAAAACCUGAUGAAAAAAAUAACGUUACGGAUGGGCAGAAGAACCAUGAAAAUCUUGAAAAAGGGCUACCUUCUUGGCUUAUGGCGAAGUCAAGUUUGGGCAGCGAAUGGACCAAAGGGAAAGAACCAACAAUUUAUCAGAUGAACUUGGAUUCUUUGCAGCAUCAUUCCCAGCAAUUCUUUAAGAAAACCGAAAUGACAAAGGGUGCUCAUGAUCCCAAAGUUCAAACUGAUAAUUCCCAGGGCAUCACGAGAAUUCUUGGGGUCCCCAUUACAGACGUGCCUGACAACUCCAAGGAUUUAGCCAACCAUGGUCAUGAUCUGAAUGAUGAAACAAAGGAUUUUGUCAAAGAGAAUGGUAAAAAUAACUGCAUAUUGGAGUUGAGACAUCACAUUGAUUUGAACUUGGCUUUUGAGGAAGAAGAGACUCCAUCAACAUCAUAUAUACCAGAAGCAAUUGUCAAAAUCGCUAGAAGGGAGAUUGACUUGGAGGCUCCUGUAGUUCUUGAAUCAGAAACCGAAACAGAAACAGACCCUCCAGAGAUUAUGGUUGACACAUCUAAAUUGCCUUUGGAUGAAACUUCCAUGGAUGCCCAUGAGGAUCUUGUUAAAGUUGCAGCUGAGGCUAUUAUGUCCAUUUCAUCAUCUGAGCUUCUUCCAGUCCAUCAGAAAGCACCAGAACCAGCUGAUACUUUGCUCCGGUGGUUUGCAGAGGUGAUUGCAUCUGGUGACGAUAAAGAUUCAGGAAAUGUUAAGGAUGAUGAAGAAUCUAUUACUAAAGGUAUGGAUUAUUUCGAGUAUAUGACAUUAAAGCUGCAAGAAAGCAAAGAAGAGUAUUACAUGCACAAUGAGCCAAUGAUUUUGGAAGAGAAAGAAGAAGUGCGAAAACGGACAACUAAAGGGAAGCGGGGUAGGCAGAGGAAAGACUUUCAGAGGGAUGUAUUGCCGAGUAUUGUUUCAUUAUCGAGACGGGAAGUGAGUGAAGAUCUUCAGACAUUCGAAGAGGCGUUUUCUGGUAUUGGUGUUUCUUGGCAGUCUAGCUUAUCGAAGAGGAAAGGUGCUGGUGGUAAGAAUGGCCGAGGGAGGCGGCGGUUGGUGGUUCCCAGCAGCUCAUCCUCUCACACACCACCAUCACCACCACCACAAGAGGUUGUUUGUAGAGAGGUGGCGUUGGAGGAGAAAAGUCUUAGCGGGUGGGGAAAAAGGACUAGACGACUGCCUCGGCAGAGAUCAUGUCAAAAUGGUGGUGGUGGUGGUGGUAAUCACCAGUCUCUUGCUUUGAAGUGUUGAUUGUUGUACAUAAUUGAUAAUUAAUUAAUUAAUACAGCAGACG